UCUGCGAGGGCGAGAAAACACAGAAAGCCACGGCAAUGUCCGCCAGCUCCGCUUUCAACGACGAGAAGGGGGGGUCGUCAAGCGUCGGUGAGCCUGAAUAUGGUCACGACCCGGCGAGCGGAGGGAUUUUCUCCUCCGACUACAAAAGACAUGACGACCUGAAGGAGAUGCUGGACAGCAACAAAGACUCCCUGAAGCUAGAGGCAAUGAAGCGGAUUGUGGCUAUGAUCGCCCGAGGUAAAAACGCGUCAGAUCUCUUCCCUGCUGUGGUGAAAAAUGUGGCCUGCAAAAACAUAGAGGUGAAGAAGCUGGUCUACGUCUAUCUGGUGCGUUAUGCUGAGGAGCAGCAGGAUCUCGCUCUGCUCUCCAUUUCCACGUUUCAGCGUGGUCUGAAGGAUCCGAACCAGCUGAUCAGAGCCAGCGCCCUGCGAGUCCUCUCCAGCAUCCGAGUCACGAUCAUCGUUCCCAUAAUGAUGCUGGCCAUCAAAGAAGCAGCCUCCGACAUGUCUCCAUAUGUGAGAAAGACAGCUGCUCACGCAAUUCCUAAACUUUACAGUUUGGAUCCGGAGCAGAAGGACCAGCUGAUUGAAGUCAUAGAGAAACUCCUCGCUGACAAAACCACGUUGGUGGCAGGAAGCGUUGUCAUGGCUUUCGAGGAAGUGUGCCCGGAGCGCAUCGACCUGAUCCACAAGAACUACAGGAAGCUGUGUAACCUUCUGAUCGACGUGGAAGAGUGGGGGCAGGUCGUCAUCAUCAACAUGCUGACUCGCUACGCCAGGACCCAGUUCCUCAACCCAAACAUCAAUGAGUCUCUGCUGGAGGAGGGGGGCGGCGGGGAGAAGACCUUCUACGGCUCAGAUGAAGAUGAGGAUGAAGACGAGGAGGAGAAAGAGAAGAAAGCCGAGGUUGCUGCCAUGGCCAAGAGGAAACCGUACGUGAUGGAUCCAGAUCACCGGCUGCUGCUGAGGAACACAAAGCCGCUGCUGCAGAGCCGCAACGCAGCCGUGGUGAUGGCUGUGGCUCAGCUGUAUUUCCAUCUUGCCCCUAAAGCAGAGGUUGGGGUGAUCGCCAAGGCCCUGGUCCGUCUCCUUAGGAGCCACAGCGAAGUCCAGUAUGUUGUUCUUCAGAAUGUGGCAACAAUGACGAUCAAGAGAAGGGGGAUGUUUGAGCCAUACUUGAAGAGUUUCUACAUCCGCUCCACAGACCCAACUCAGAUCAAAGUCCUUAAGCUGGAGGUUCUCACCAAUUUGGCUAAUGAGACGAACAUUUCCACCAUUCUCAGAGAGUUUCAGACAUACAUUAAAAGUAUGGAUAAAGACUUUGUGGCUGCUACAAUCCAAGCCAUCGGCCGCUGUGCGACCAACAUCGGAGAGGUGAGGGACACGUGUCUGAACGGCCUGGUGCAGCUGCUGUCCAACAGAGAUGAGUUGGUUGUAGCCGAGUCUGUGGUUGUUAUCAAGAAGUUGCUGCAGAUGCAGCCAGAGAAGCACAGCGACAUCAUCAAGCACAUGGCAAAACUAACAGACAACAUCCAGGUGCCAAUGGCACGGGCCAGUAUCUUGUGGCUCAUUGGAGAGUACUGUGAGCAUGUACCUAAGAUUGCCCCGGAUGUCCUGAGGAAGAUGGCCAAGUCUUUCACUAAUGAAGAGGAUAUUGUCAAGCUACAAAUCAUCAAUUUGGCUGCCAAGCUGUAUCUCACCAACUCCAAGCAGACCAAACUGUUGACGCAGUAUGUUCUCAACCUGGCCAAGUAUGACCAGAACUACGACAUCCGUGAUCGGGCACGCUUCAUUCGCCAGCUCAUCGUGCCCACUGAGAAGAGUGGGGCUCUUAGCAAGUACGCUAAAAAACUGUUCCUCGCCCUCAAACCUGCACCAGUCCUCGAGUCUCCAUUUAAAGAUCGAGACCACUUCCAGUUGGGUUCAUUAUCCCACCUGCUGAAUGCCAAGGCUGGGGGCUACCAGGAGUUGCCUGACUGGCCCGAAGCCGCCCCAGACCCCUCCGUGCGCAACGUGGAGGUGCCUGAAUGGACCAAGUGCAGCAGCCGAGAGAAGCGGAAGGAGAAGAAGGUGGAGAAGCCGUUCUACUCGGACUCGGAGGGCGAGUCCGGGCCGACGGAGUCAGCUGACAGUGAGUCGGACUCUGCCAGCGCCUCGGAGAGCGGCAGCGGCAGCGAGGAGAGCGGGUCGGGAUCAGAGAGCGAAGAGAGUGAGGAUGGCUCUGAGUCUGAGGAAGAGGAUGAUGAGGAGGAGGAGGGAGGGAAAGACAAGAAGAAGAAGAAGAAAGAAUUAAAGAAGCCAGUGCAAGAAAGUGAAAGCGAGCAGAGCAGUGAAGAAGAAGAGACAAAGCACGAGAGGAAGAGUAAACAACGAAAGAGCGACUCAGAGUCUGAAUCUGAGGAGGAGGAGGAGGAGGAGAGCGAGUCUGAAAGCAGCCAGUCAGAGUCUGAAGACUCUGAGUCUGAGGCCGAGGUCAAAAAGAAAAAAAAGGCAGCUGAAUCUAAACCUCCCUCCAAACCUGUCAAGACAGAGAGCAAGAAAGAGAAGAAAGAAAUGUCUCUUCUCGACCUCGACGAUUUUGAACCUUCUCCGUCUCCUCAAGUCACACCCGUCAACACCUUCCUGUCCAGCAGCCUCGUGACCGACCUGGAGGGCUUGUCUUUGUCUGACAGUGUUCUCUCCCCGACAAGCAUUGCUCCCUCCAGUGCGUUGAAGAGCUACGAGCUGCUGCACCGGAUCACAGGGGAGGGGCUGUCGGUGGAAUAUUGCUUCAGCCGGCAGCCGUUCAGCUCUGAUGCGAACAUGGUGGCGGUGCAGAUGCAGUUCACCAACAACUCCACAUCCGACACCAAGAGCCUGCACAUGGAGGACGUGAAGCUGCAGUCUGGGAUGAGAGUCAAAGAGUUCCCAGAGAUUGAGCUGCUGCCGGCAGGUGAGUCGGCCACAGCUGUGAUGGGCAUCGAUUUCUGUGACUCGACGCAAGCGGCAAACUUCCAGCUGUGCACUCACACCAGGAAGUUCUUCGUGUCCAUCCAGCCGCCGGUUGGAGAGCUGAUGAGGCCCGUCUUCCUCACAGAGAAUGAGUUCAAGAAGGAGCAAGAGAAGCUAUUACAGAAUCUAGGUCAGCUGAUGGGCAUGAAUGAAAUCACAGAGAAGCUGACUCUGGACGUCCAGUGCCGGAACGAACACGCCAUCGUCCAGAGGGUGACCACCGCCGCCAACCUCAGCAGAGUCCCCUGUGGUUCAGAUAAAGAGUGCAGGUUCGCCGGCAGGACGGUGACCAGCGGCAGCCUGGUGUUGGUCACCGUGGCGAACAAAGAGGAAGGUGCCGCCCAGCUGACGGUCAACUGUGAGAAGAUGGUGAUCGGCACCAUGCUGGUGAAAGACAUCCUCCUGGCUUUGACGCAGUGACCGGUGUGACCGUGCUCGACCAUCGCCCUCCGCCCCCCUCGCUCCACCCACCUCUCAGAUAUCGUCCGAGACUCGUCACGUGUAGCAUCUCCUCCGUUCUCCUGUAAGCAGUGUCACUGAGGACGUUUCCAGAAUGUUUAACUCCAGUUUCGAUGUAAUGUUAAAGAGCCCCUCCUCCCACUUUUAGAAAUUACUCCAAGAAACAGUGAAUGCCACAGCUAUACGCGAUAUUCAUGACAAUCAGAUGUGACUGAUGUUGGACCCGAUAUGACCUGACCUUGCUUCCCUCUAAAGUUUGCCACACAUCAUUAUCCAAAAAUACUUAUUUAGCAUCUUAAUUUCCCUCCUUGAGGACACAGCUGGAUUUAGUGGACCCUUUAGUGGAAAUUCAAAUCAACUUUGGAUGAAAAGUAAUUUCCACAUUUCAGGAUCCUGCCUGCAGGUUCAGUCUGAGCUUUGGAAACAGCAGUUUGAGCACAAGGUUCACUUACUUAAAGUUUUCCAAGCUUUCAGCUACAUCUCAUGACCUUCCUCAGGCAAGAACAGUGCAGUUCAAAGUGUUGUACAUAAAAAAGGUGAAAAAGAGAUAGACAAGAAACACAAGGGGUUAUAAAAAAGAUACAUACUGUAUAAAUAGGAUCUUAAAAUCGUAAUGAAAUAGAAGAUAAACUGAAUAAAAGAGGAAUUACAAUUCAGUGCAAGAUAUGGAUGAAUAGUCCCAAAUGUUAAGUUUUAAGCCUGGAGUUGGAGCAGAUGUUAAGUGCUCUGGAAUAUGUGGUGCAUAAAAACUGAAUGCUGCUUCUUUAUAUUUAGUUUUGACUCCAGGGACAGUAAGAAGACCUGAGAAGUCUGGACAGGUCAUCAUGUAGCAGCAGAUCAGAGAUAAAGACUGAAGACAUCAGCUGCCUGUGAAUAAAAAACUAAAACUAGAAACAGCAGUGACAACCCCUUCCUGACUCCCCAUAAUACAGUCAACUGUAAUGACAUGACUGUACUUUCAUACUUAGUCACGUGAUAACAUCUGUGUAAACUCCAGCUGCUGAGGCAGGCCAUGAGAUGUAGCGUAAGGCUUUGAAAAUGUACUGCAAGUGAGGGAUGUAGGAUCUGUGUGUCUGUGGCGUCACCUGAAGAUGUGAAGAUUAAAACAGAACAGUAAACUACAGCUGGAUUAUUAGAUCAUAAAAUUGAGUUUUUCUUCUUCUAUUGAGAUUCUUUAGAAAUAAAGUGGCGGUUAAAGUUUUUAUUAUUCCGUGACAAGUGGACACACAAACCUGUCACUCCAGUUUUCAUUUGUAGCUUGUUAGUUACCAACUAUUUUAAGAUGUAGGCAUUAUAGGUGAUAGAAAAUGUACUGUAGGUAUAAAUUCCCCAACAACAGGAAAAAAACACACGGUCUGUAAGAUCAGCUUCAUCAAUACUCAUCCAGUCAUUUGGGGCCUUGACUUGAAUGUAGCACGAAGGCUCGACCGAGACAACAGCUUCCUACAACUGAAUCCAUUUAGGCACAGUAACACUGUUUAUCAGUAACUCACCACUCCUGGAAAUAAACUGCGAUUUUAGCAUCUGCCUCCAGCAGCUGUCGCAGUGCACAUAUUCAUUACAGUAUGUGGGGCGUUUAUAAAACCUGAAGAUGUAUAAAUGUCAUUGUAUGUACUGCCACAUGUAAUACAGUACUACUAUAAGGUGUGGUGUGUGCGAGUGUGUGUGAGUGUGUGUGUUUGUGGGCGUGAUGAUACUGAAUAAUGACCUGGCAAACAUUAACUAGGUGUUUUCAAAAAAUGACUCAUGUAACACUUGACUUGAAACAAUCAUGAAGCACAUCAUAAUUAUAGUCAUCAGUCAAACAAAAAUAUCGAUACUACUGCAGUAUGUAAGAAUAAUUUGUCUUUGCUGAGGCGCUGCAGGCUACAAAGAUUAAAAAUGAUUUACCUGCCUUUCUUUAAUCAUAAAUUUAUUACUUGACAAACCGACACUUCUCUGUCAGUUUCUCACAGAUUUGAAAAUGUUACUGUAGAAAUGAAUAAUGUGGAAAACCUUAAAAAUGACUGAAACUGAUUUACUUAACAAAAGUCACCAAACUGUAGGGUUUCAAUUGACGCUUAUUUUCAUUAUUAAUUGAAGCUCAAGGUGAAAGACAUUCACUCUAAUAUCACAGGAAAUUAAGAAAAACAGGAAAUAUUUAAAUUAUUGAAGCUGAAACUUUUUCUUUUUUUGCACUUUUGCUUGACAGUAAUUAUAGAUUAUCAAAACAGCUGCUGAUUCAUUUCCUGUCGAUCAGCCAAUUAUUUCAGCUCUACAAAAAUCAGUAUUCAAACUUUGCCCUCAGGAAAACCUUUAUUUUGGAAAAUAUAUAUGACAUUUUGCGAAGUACGCUUAUUCACCUUGUUGCUGAAACACCUGGUGUAAACAUGCUCACAGCAGCUGCUGCACAGCUUCAUUUUAGUCCAUUUCUUAAACAAGCUUUCAUUCCCGAAACAUGGUUUCCCUCUGACACUAUGUUAAAGACAGUGUUAAGCUUUUAAGAAUCAGUUAAACCACCUUUAGAUUAUGUGCUUAUGAUAAUGUCAAACAUUUUCAGGUGAAGUGUUGCCUUGAUCUCAUUUGUCAGGUGACACUGUUUUCAUGCCUUUUAUUACAUUUUGAUUUCAGGUCAAAGGUCAUGUGGCUUCUUUUUUUUUCGUCAUGGACUCUCAUGUGUCCAGUGGCUCAUGUUUUCUUAUCUUUGACACAUUAUCUGUGUUUUUAUUUAUUGUUUCUUUAUUGUUGUGUUUUACCAAAGGAGUAACAGUCCAGAGAAACAUCGAGCCUCGUCAUAGAAAGUUGAGCAGCAGUGAUGACGCUUUUAUUUUCCUACUUGUUGCAUUGUUUACAUUCAACCAACUCAGACCUGAAACUUCCAGUCAGUGCAGCUCAGUCAUUAUGAAGAAUGUAAAGAGUAAGUAAUUCUACUUUUAAUGUAAAAAUCCAACGAAAAAAAACUGCUGGAUAAUGUCAAACGAUUCUCCAAAUCAUAAAUCAUGACUGGCAUUUUAUUUGAUCUGCAUCCGCUUUCAAAUACCCAAAGUACAGUUUAUCAUACCCUGUGUGUGGUUGUGAAAUGUGGUCCUGAAGUAUUACAAGUUUAUUUAUUAUACAAAUAAAAAAUACAGAUACAAUGAUUGUGUCUUUUGUCCUUUGGCCACCAAACAAGAAAAAAAACUCCUGCACUGCAGCACUGUUCAAUCUCAAGCUGUCAGUUCUAUUAAAUGAGUGAUGAACAGUAGAACAAGUCGAGACCAGAGGUUGAAAACAGUCUGCUGUAUUUUCUCCACAGGUUAUACACAGGUGUGUAGACAUUUACUCAACUACUGCUCUGCUGAUCAUUUCCAUUUUAUACUACUUUGUACUCCAUUACAUUUCAGAGGGAUAUAUUGUACUUUUCACUUUCUAGUUA